UCGCGAGAUCGACCAUCGGCAUGGCGGUGCUCCUUGAAACGACGUUGGGCGAUGUUGUAAUUGAUUUGUUUACAGAAGAAAGGCCUAAAACUUGCCUAAACUUUCUGAAACUAUGCAAGAUAAAGUACUACAACUACUGCCUCAUCCACAAUGUUCAGAGAGACUUCAUUGUGCAGACUGGAGAUCCCACCGGGACAGGACGUGGCGGAGAAUCUAUCUAUAGCAAACUGUAUGGGGACCAGGCCCGCUUUUUUGAUGCAGAGAAAAUGCCACGCAUCAAACACAAGAAGAAGGGGAUGGUGUCCAUGGUGAACAAUGGAAACGACCAGCAUGGUUCUCAGUUCCUUAUUACCAUGGGUGAGAACUUGGACUACCUGAAUGGAGUUCACACUGUGUUUGGGGAAGUGACAGAAGGCAUGGACGUCUUGGCCAAAAUCAACGAGACCUUUGUGGACAAGGACUUUGUCCCAUUCCAAGAUAUCAGGAUAAACCACACAGUCAUCCUGGAAGACCCUUUUGAUGACCCUCCUGAUUUGCCAGUGCCAGAUCGAUCACCUGAGCCCACCAAGGAGCAGCUAGAUAGCGGCCGAAUCGGAGCAGACGAAGUGAUCGACGAUGCGGAAGGAAAAGGAGCCGAGGAGCUGGAGGAGAGGUUGAAAGAGAAAGAAGCCAAGACUCAGGCUAUCCUGCUGGAGAUGGUGGGUGACCUCCCUGAUGCAGAUAUAAAGCCUCCAGAAAACGUGCUGUUUGUGUGUAAACUGAACCCAGUGACCACAGACGAGGACCUGGAAAUUAUCUUUUCUCGCUUUGGGACCAUAAAAAGCUGUGAGAUCAUCAGAGACUGGAAGAGUGGAGACUCCCUCUGCUACGCUUUUAUUGAGUUUGAAAAGCAAGAAGACUGUGAAAAGGCCUACUUCAAAAUGGACAACGUGCUCAUUGAUGAUCGACGUAUUCACGUAGACUUCAGCCAGUCAGUCGCUAAGAUCAAAUGGAAAGGCAAAGGUGGGAAGUAUACUAAAGAUGACUUCAAAGCCUACGAGAAGGAUGUGGAGAACCGAACCAAACUGGCUCUCAAGGAUCAAGUGAAGCCUAAACAAGAUUCCAAGUAUGACCUGCUAAUUGAGGAUGAAGAGGAGGCGACGAGCCAUCGGCACUCUGAGAAGAAACACAAGGAGAAGAGGCACCACCAUCAUUCAGAUGACGAGGACAGCAGGAAGUCCAAAAAGCACAAGGACAGCGACGACAGCCGACGAGACAGAAAGACGGGACGCCAGCGCUCCCGAUCCCGCUCACGUUCCCGCUCCAGAGACAGGGACCACAAACACAGCAAGUCCCAGCUCAAACAUGGGAAAGAGGGUCGCGAUAAAGGCCACAGCCACAAGGACCGAAGCCACAGCAGCUCUAAGAAGUCCAGUGAUAAAGAGAGGAGUAGGUACAGGUGAGGGAGCUCACCUUACCUCUCUGGAGUAUCUUUCUGUGGCAGGAGGGUGGAGCCACAGAGAGGUCGACUGUAUUCAGCAUGAGUUAUAUGGCAUCUCAAUAUCAGCCGUCCUAACUACUGGCUUUCCAUUAUAUUGCUUGACCUUGACUUUUGGAAAACAAAUUGGAUGAUGAUCAGCUCUUUGUCACAUUGUCUCAGAGAACAAACAUUGUUUGAGAAAUUGCUUUUUUAUAUGUAUAUUAAAAAAAU